UGAUUUGAAAGGAUGAACAGGCUCGCGCCUAGUCUUUGGUCUGGUGUACAGAUUUUUCAAUCCGAUGAAUGCCUCACAACUGUUCUUAUCGCUGCACUGGAAUGGCUUGCUUUGAUCCUCGACGUCAUUUGCACAGAUCUUGCUUGGCUUGCUUCUGCCUAAGAACUGUCGAGCUGAGCGAUGCGCCCAUUAGCUGCUCGGCUCCGCCGUCUCGACAAGCUGCACUCCUCUCAGGUGUGGAACGCAUGGGAAUGACGACGAUGUUCGCAGCCGUACACGCCGAAUGGGGCAUGAUGAUCCUUUGCCUCUUACAAGAACGAUGUAUGCUCUGCAACUCUGGUAGGCGGUCUCCGAUGAUCAUCCUCAUUCUUCGAAAAGGACCAGUUAUACCACCGAUACACGUCAGGCGAUACUGUGGAGCAGUCCUGUGUAUGUUGACGCUGCACUGACAACGGUGGAGCGCCUUCUUUGAACUACAAAGAGGGGACCAUUGGGAAGGAGGGCAGACUCUUGGUCGUGUUGCUCAGACCGUCAUAUACGUAUAAAGGCAGCGUUUUUGGCCUGUUGCAAAGCCAGCAACGAAUCGCAGCACCCCAACCAUCACAAGUGUCCCACCUGCCAACUUCUACCUGCUCAUACAAUGAAGGGUUUCUUCGCUAGCCUCGCUACUGUCGCCGCCGCGGCUUUGACCGUCGCAGCGGAGACGCACACGAUUUCUUUCAACAACAAGUGCGGGCAUGGCACCCCGACGCUUGUCCAAGGCGGCAACAUCCUCUCCAAGGGCGGUGACUAUACCGCGAAUUGUCCAUUCGCCAGCGCAAUCGCCUAUCUUCAAACCGGCUCCUGCGGUCUGAACGGAGAGGGCUGCUCUAUGGUUGAGCUCAGCCUGAUCAACAGCCAGACCUCGACUGCGGAUGUCACGCUUAUCCCUCCCCAUACGUUCUCGGUCACUACCGGGUUCCAAUUCUACGGCGUCUGCCCCGGGGUUGGAGCGGAUUGCACCAGCGCGAAUUGCUGCCCUGACAAUGCCUUCUGCACCCCUACCGACUAUACGGCCCAGAGGUACUGCAACGAAGACAACGUCAACUUGUCGAUCACGUUCUGCGACUAAAGUCACCCCAAACGAGACAGGUGCCGAAAGCCG